UUUCACCAAAAGUUUUACUCAAACAAUAAGAGUUUCCACACUUUUGUCUCCCAUUGAAAAGUACAUUCUGCGGAUUAUAAUUACAAAUAGUAUAAUGUCUUCGUUGGCGACGUUAGUGAAGAGGGCGGUGACUCUCGGCGCCAACUCUGGCCGACAGCAGCUGCUAUCGCGAGUAGUUUUGGUCACAAAUCAAUCCUCAAUUGACAUCAAGUUUAUCUCAAAUCAGCCAUUCAUAACGAGCGGACACAAGAAGAAGGUCUCACCGCCGGUGGUGUCGCCGAAGAACAUGUCUUUGCGUUACUGUUCGCCAAUUCCUGUCAUAUCUAUGCCGUCGUCUCCGAUGGACGCCUUCUAUGAAGGUCUCGAUGUCGGCGAAGAGACGGUGACUAUCGCUGGGCGACCUCUGGCAGUGAUCUUGUCGUGGAUGUUAGCCAAGGAUAGCCAUCUGGAAAAGUACCGCCAGAUGUGGUUUCGGCGCGGUUUCGAUGUCCUCACUGUCAAGACAUCGCCGUUGGAUCUACUGUUGCCGCCGAUCGGCGGUCAAGUGGUUGCCGCCAAUUUGAUCCGCUAUUUGUCGCAAAUUAAUCCCAAAUACGACGAGAUAGUGAUCCACGCCUUCUCUGUGGGCGGCUAUCAAUACGGAGAAGUGAUGCGAAAGUUGAUCGCCAGCCCCGAAGAGCACCGGGAGUUGUGUCGCGCGUUCAAAGGCAUUAUCAUAGACUCGAUGGUUCACUGGCAGGACUGCGCGCCCGGACUGUCGCGAGCCAUCUCCACGAACCCAGUGCUGCAACCGUUGCUGGAAAUGUCAAUCAAGACCUUUGUAGCGCUCACUCACAGCGUUUCGAUGGCCCACUACCACAAGUCCACGGAACAGAUAUUUGGCAAUCCAUUAAAAUUACCCGGUCUACUGUUGUAUUCAACCGAUGAUGUGGUGAGCAAUGUGUCCCGAAACGAGUCUCUGGCCAACCGGUGGCGAGAAGUGGGCGUUUGGGUGGACACAAAGUGUUGGCAGCGGUCGACACAUGUCCUCCACUAUCGCGACCAUCAGUACGAAUACGAACACCGAUUGGACGCAUAUCUUAAGAAAUUGAGACUCAAAUCGGCGCUCGUUUAACGUUUUGGUCGUGUUUUGGGUUUUUAUAUAAGUUUUAAUCAUUAAUAGUCUUUAUUAUAAAUGUUUUCUCAUUUUAUAAAUUCUUAAAAUCCAUUUAUUAACACAAGAAAUGAUUUUUAUUUUAUAUAAAAGUCUCGUUUUAUAUUUCAAACAUAAAAUAUCGCGUUUUAAUAAAUUUGAUAUAUUUUCCCGAC